GUCGUUCUUUAGACAUGCGGCGUAUCUGGUCGGUCCUACGACUACGCGAUGAUGCGGCUGAUGAUUGAGCGCUGCGCUCAAGGUCUCCUGAGCUCUCUGCGCCUCACCCCUGGAGAACGCAUCGGGAUAAUCCUACCGAACAUCCCUGAGUUUACUGUGGUGAUUCAUGGCGCUAUGAGGGCUGGUUUGGUCGUAACAUUCGCCAACCCACUGUAUACCACAGAUGAAGUGAGGAGACAGUUUUCGGACUGCGAUGUGAAGGCGAUUGUUACGAUUGAGAUGUUUAUGCCUGUCGCACUGAACGUAGCAAAAUAUCUUAAGGGAUACAAAGGCACUAUUUGGAUUGGGGGAGAACAUGAUAAGACGAAGAACAUUUUCGGCCUUAAACCUAUGUUGAUGGAGGAUCACGAUGUAGACCUUCCAGACCCAAAUGCCGACGACGUCUGCCUUGUUCCCUACUCUAGUGGCACCACUGGCAUGCCUAAAGGAGUCAUGCUGACACAUAAGAAUCUUGUUUCGAAUCUUAAGCAGGCCCAAGUACCUAAAUUGAUGAAGUAUGAAGGAGAAAAAGUUUUGAUUACAGGUAAAAGCGAUGUAGUAUUGACUGUUCCGCCUUUCUUCCACAUCUAUGGAUUUAAUGGAAUUCUUAACUACAAUCUUAUUCUUGGAUACCACUUGGUCUCAAUUCCUAAAUUCACUCCAGAGGAUUAUAUUAAAUGUCUUUUGGAAUAUAAACCUACGACUUUGUUUGUCGUGCCAUCACUUUUAACGUUUCUCGCCACUCAUCCUUUAGUGAAAAAGGAAUAUAUUCAGUCCGUAGAAACUAUAAUGAUUGGUGCUGCGCCAAUUACAGACAGUAUGCUGGAGAAGUUCCUUCUAAAAUGUGAGAAGACGAAGGAUGAAAUUAAACUGUUGCAAGGUUAUGGUAUGACAGAGAGUUCGCCCGUGGCACUGAUGACGCCAUACAAUUACCCAUUUAACAAAGUGGGCUCAGCAGGACAGCUGGUACCGAGCACGCAAGCUCGCAUUGUCUCAUUGACUACUGGCGAAAUACUUGGUCCGCAUAAAUCGGGAGAACUGCUGGUGCGGGGGCCACAGGUGAUGAAAGGUUAUUGGAACAAUGAGCAAGCAACGCAAGAGACGGUCGAUAGCGAGGGUUGGCUACAUACAGGAGAUGUAGCAUAUUAUGACGAAGACCAUUAUUUCUACAUUGUGGAUCGUACCAAAGAACUUAUUAAAGUUAAAGGCAAUCAGGUUUCCCCAACAGAAAUAGAAAGUAUAAUAAUGGAGCUGCCAGAAGUAGCUGACGUGGCGGUGGUUGGAAUACCAGACCCUCUCGCAGGAGAAAUCCCUAAAGCCUUUGUAGUAUUGAAACCCAAUGAUAAAUUAGCAGAGAAACAAGUCUACGACGUGGUUGCGGGAAAACUCGUCAAAUACAAACGACUUGAGGGUGGUGUCGUGUUCUUAGAGUCCAUUCCUAGAAAUGCCGCUGGAAAAAUUAUGAGAAACGAACUUAAAGUACUAGGAGCAAAGAAAAAUUAAAUAAUAAUUAUUAUCAUUAGAUACAUAGUAUUGUAAAUAGUAAACAGUAAGUUUAGAUGUAAAAAUAAUGGCUAUGUAUAUUUAUUUAACUUGUGCUAGCUUUAUGAAUAAUGUGAUUUUAUUUGUUUUUUGUAAUUGUGAU